AUGGGUCGUGUGAUUCGUGCUCAACGUAAAGGUGCCGGUUCAGUGUUCGUAUCACAUACUAAGAAAAGGAAAGGAGCACCUAAACUUCGUUCCUUGGAUUAUGCUGAACGUCAUGGUUACAUCAAGGGUGUUGUAAAGGACAUCAUCCAUGACCCCGGUCGUGGUGCUCCCUUGGCGGUGGUUCACUUCCGUGACCCAUAUAAGUUUAAGACACGUAAGGAGUUGUUCAUUGCACCUGAGGGUCUCUAUACUGGCCAGUUUGUAUACUGUGGCAAGAAAGCUACCUUAGAAGUUGGCAAUGUUAUGCCAGUGGGUGCCAUGCCUGAGGGUACCAUUGUAUGUAACCUAGAAGAGAAAAUGGGUGACAGAGGCCGGCUUGCUCGUGCUUCUGGAAACUUUGCCACUGUAAUUGGCCACAACCCUGAUGCCAAGCGCACUAGGGUGAAACUACCAUCUGGAGCCAAGAAAGUUCUACCUUCCAGCAACAGAGGCAUGGUUGGUAUUGUUGCUGGCGGCGGUCGUAUUGACAAGCCCAUCCUGAAGGCCGGUCGUGCUUACCACAAGUACAAGGUUAAGCGUAACUGCUGGCCAUAUGUGCGUGGUGUGGCCAUGAACCCCGUUGAGCAUCCUCAUGGUGGUGGUAACCACCAACAUAUUGGUAAGGCUUCAACCGUCAAGAGAGGAACAUCCGCUGGUCGCAAGGUUGGUCUUAUUGCUGCUCGCAGAACCGGAAGAAUUCGUGGUGGAAAGACCGACACCAAGAAGGAGACGUAG